UUCUGCAUAUUUAUGCAGCUAAAGGCCUGCGGGCCCACACGCUGGCAGCUGCAGAGCGCAUGAGAGCCCUGAGGAGACUCGAUGCCAAGGAGCACAGAGGAAAGACUCCCCUGCUGGUGGCUGUCACUGCCAGGCAGGCGUUCAUCGUCCACGACCUCAUCCAGGCAGGAGCAGAUGUCACCGCCGUGGACAAUAAAGGGCAGUCAGCUUUACACCUUGCUGCAACUUAUGGCUACAGCCAAGUCCUCCAGGUUAUCCUGGCACUGGGUUUCCCUCUGGAUCUGGAAAUGAAGGAUUUUGAAGGCCAUACCCCUCUCCACUGUGCUGUGCUGGCCCACAACAGCCUGCUGAGGGAGCAGGGCAGGCAGGCACUGAGCGAGGAGCAGCACAGGGAGCUGCAGCAGCAGAGCAGGGAGCUGGAAUCCUGCAUCCAUCUCCUGGUGCAGACCGGAGCCUCCAUCUACAGCCGGGAUGUGAAAAGCAACAAGACAGUUCUUCACUACACAGUCCAGGAUGGGAACGUCUCCCUGCUCAGGUACUUCCUGGAGCUGAACGCUUUCAAGUCCAAGGAUUUUGUCAACAACAAGGCCCAUGGCAACACAGCCCUGCACAUGGCAGCUGCUUUGCCUGGUAGCAAGAACCAGAAGGAAAUCAUCCAGCUGCUCCUGGAGCACGGGGCAGACCCCAGCAUCCGAAAUUUGGACAAUGACCAGCCAAUCCACAUGGCCCCUCCUGGAAAAGCUGGGGAUCAGGUCAGGCAUUUGCUGAAGAAAGGGAAAAUCACACCUGCAUUCAACUCCUGCCACAGAAAUGCCAGAUCCUGAGUUAUCUGCAAUUUAUGGAGCAGCUUCAACUACUCCAGCUUCUGCCUCCUAUAAGAACUGUGAGGGUGGUUUGCAGCACAUCCCUGCUCCUGCAGGCUUCCACCAGGGUGGGGUGGGAGAGUUUCUCAACCUGUGGCCACGAGCAGCACGUCAGACAGCAGAAGAUGAGCUUUCAAAUGGUUGAAAACUCAAUUUUGGUAACAGAGAACGUGAAUAAACCUCCAGCAAGGAGGUGAGCAAAUCGAGUAGCUGCUACAUAAAUAAGUAAAUAUUCCAAAUCAGUUCGAAGCACAGCCAAGCUUUGAAACCCUUGGGGCUGACAGAGCACAGGGUGACAGUUUGGCUGUAAAAGGUUGAGAAAUGCUGCUCUGAGACACCCCCAAACUGUGCCUCUGGCUGGGCCUGCACACAGGGAGUGCUGGAAAUGCUGCAGCCUCUGUGGUGUGCAGUUCCACUGACCCUGCUCCCUGGGAAUGCAGGAUCCUGAGGGGGAAAAAGCCUAGAUGGAGAACUUGGGUCAAGCCUGGAUGGAUUUCACCCGGGGGGAUGGACAUCCAAAGCCAGGAGCCCCACAGGAGGGUCCUGCAAGCUGAAUUCCCAUUCUCAGCACUUUGGGAGGGCUCUGGAGCAGCUCCCCAUGGUCAGCCCAGGGAAAGAAACAGCUGCUGUGAGAGCAAGGGCAUGGGGCAGGUUUGUGUGAUCCUGAGGGGAGACUUCCAAUCCAAUGCAGUCCAAUCCCAUGCAAUGCAAU